CGCCUACAAGAAUCAGUCGUCAUCCUUUUCUCAAGUAGUUCACAUCGACUCUCAGGUUCUUCUUCACUUUUUUUUUACAUAUAUAUACAUAUAUAUAUAGAUAGAUAGUUACGUUUUGUAAACUCGAGGAGUCGAAAAAUCUGUUCUCUUGCACUCUUUUGAAUUGAUUUUCGAUUUCAAUUAUUACACACACAGACACUUUGUCUCUAUUUGUACAUAGAUAUAUAAAUAUUAAGGGAUCACAGAAUGGCGAUACAAAAUCGAAAUUGGCGACAGAGCUGACGAGGGGAAGUUUUAGGAGAAACCAUUUAUUUAAUUAAUUUAAUUUAUCGUCUGUCUAAUCAAAGGUGGGACGAGGCAUUUCAUUAAUUGCUUUCCCCUGUCCCUCAAUUAAUCAGUCAUGGAUCCUUAUUCGUUGAGUGUCGAACGCGAGGCGUCAAAAAAUAUCGAAGAAAAUGAGAGAGAAUGCUUUAAGGAUGCUAUUGUUUCGAGCAGAAGUUUAAAUAAAGGAUUCGUGGAGCCAACGAAAAUCAAAAAUGCAAUUCCCGAGGUGACAGCAUGUAUAAUUGCGGCGUCUUUUCACAUUGCCGUUGGCCUAAGUAUGGCAUAUUCGGCAGUUAUUAUUCCAGUUUUACAAAAAGUAUCGAACUCGACUGACAUUCAUUCAAAUUCAAGUUCGACGAAUUGGACAGAGCCCGAGGAAUUGCAUGCAACAAAAGAAGAAUGCUCCUGGAUUGCGAGUAUCGUGAUUCUUUGUACCCCAAUUGGUGCAUUUAUCGGAAGCUUUCUAAUGGAAUCACUGGGAAGAACGCGAACACUACAAUUGGGAACGAUACCGUGCGUUGGAGGUUAUGUUUUAAUAGCGUCAGCGCAAAAUUUACCAAUGAUUUUUAUUGGCCGUGUAUUGGCCGGUUUGGCCACGGCUCUCGCUACAUCGCCCGCCAUUGUUUACAUAACUGAAGUUGCGAGGCCUGAAUUACGUGGUGCCUUAAUGUCCUUUGGACCAACAUUAGCAUCAUUUGGCAUGCUCUUGGCAUAUUUGAUGGGUGCCUUUUUACCGUGGAGAAAUGUCGCCUGGUUUAGUAUUAUUUUCGCCAUAUUCCCCGUAUUUUUAAUUCAAUUCAUCGUUCCCGAAUCACCGGUUUGGCUUGUUUCGAAGGGGAAAAUUGAGGAGGCACGAAAGAGCUUGGAAUGGUUCUACAAAUUUGAGGACGAUGGAAAAGCUUCCGGUCUAGAGACGCAAUUCACGACAAUUAUGAAGGAAAAUGAAAUUCGUCUGAGCGAUCAACGACGAAGUAAACGAAGUGGUUUCUUAACGAAAAUUCAGGCAUUCCUGAAACCAACCGGAUGGAAACCAAUGUUCAUUCUAUUCUUGUUCUUCCUCUUUCAACAAUUCUCAGGAAUUUACAUUACUCUAUUUUACGCUGUUAAUUGGUUCGAUGGAAUCGAAGUAAAUGCAUAUAUAGCUUCAAUUUUAGUUGGCUUGACACGAUUUUUAUGUUCAAUGGUGAACACUGUUCUUCUCCGAAGAUUUAAGAGGCGAAUUCUCUGUAUUAUCUCCUGCUUUGGAAUGGCAAUUUCCAUGUCGAUUUCCGGUUAUUAUAGACUUAAAAUCGAGGAGGGAAGUAACGAUGGAAAUUGGGUGCCUGUAUUUUGUCUUUUACUUUAUGUCUGCACGUCGAUGAUUGGAAUGCUAACGAUACCAUGGACAAUGACUGCUGAACUUUUUCCCACUGAAAUUCGUCAUAUUGCCCAUUCGAUAAGUUAUUCGAUGGCGAAUUUAUUGAUGUUUGGCGCAGUUCAGAGUUACUUUGGAUUAAUCGAGUUUCUAGGAGCUCCGCAUCGUCUGCACUGGUUUUUCGCUGGCGUUUCAAUUGGUGCGGCGGUAUUUGUCUGGCUAUUGCUUCCGGAAACUCAUGGCAAGAAACUCUCAGAAAUUGAGGAAUAUUUCCACAAUAAUUUCAUUGCUGUCGGUGCUGAGUCAAAGGAACGAAAACGUCGUAUUAAGAGGCGACAACAGCAGAAGGCGAAAAACGCCGCUAGGGAACCGUUAAAUGCAAAGAGUCCUCAGGCGGUUUAAUUAGAACAAAAAAAAAACAAAAAAAAAACAAUAGCAAAAUGUUAGUAAAAAGUGUCAAGAACAAUAGGGCAAAAAGUGGCAAAAACGAAAGCGAAAAA